UUUAACCUCCUUUCAGGCAACGAAAUUACCUGCUACAAGAAUGUAAUGUAUUUUGAAAUAGUGGCAUAAUUGAAAAGGGGAGGAGAAUUAAAAGUUAAAAUGCAGUCUGAGAAACGAAAUUCUGUGGAAUACUUUGACAGUAUGUUAGAAACUCAACGAUUGGAUCGAUGAAAAAUUCUCAAGUACCGUCUCGAGCCCGCAAAUGUUUAGCUUUCGUUGAAACUAUUUAAAAUUCCGAUUGCGUCUGUCAUCUACAACUGAACGAUGGAGAACCGGCAAACAGACGAUCGCUUGCUAACAGACGACAAUGACUACCCGUCGAAAGAGAACUCGCGGAUCGCUGAGGUCGCGGCGAACACGCUAUGCAAGCUAAAUAGCAUAAUAAAACAGCUGAAGAGCCGCGAGGAUGAUCGUGUGACGCUGAAGAGCAACAUUUGGCAGCUGAGGCUAGCGUUGCGGGUCGCCGGAAAGGAAACGGACGACGUCUUGCAUGCUGAUCCGCUAAUCGAACAUCAAAGGACGACGAUCAAACGGCUGAAGGGGGUGAACCAGACGCUGAAGAAGGAAAUCGCUGAGCUUAAAAGCACCCUAAACGAGGACGAGCAGCUUGCUGCCGAUUUCGCCGACGUGAAAUCUGACGACGAAAUCAAACAACAAUUGGACGUCGACACGGGACGCGUGAACGAGGAAAUCGUCUGUCUGCGAGGUCGGCUGAAAGAGAUCGAAGACGGGCAAGAGCGCGGCUCGGAUGUGGAGCACCUCGAAUGCAGGCUGAAGCACUUAACGAUGGUCGAUCAUACCGUGGAGACGGUGUUUAUCGACAUCGUGAACAGGGUCGCCGAGGUGAUCGCGGAUCUCUACGAGGAGCUCGCGACCGUGAGCGAGCACUUGCAGCUUUCGAAACUGAAGAACGAGGAUCUGCGUGACGAAGUCGACAGGCUGCGAGCCAUGCUGCGAUCGAAGUGCGACGACAGUUUGGAGGACCAUCGGAAUAGAAUCGUCGAGCUGGACAACCUGGCGACACAUCUGAAGAUGGAAUUGCGCGUGUGCAAGGCGAACUUCGGCAUCGAGUCCUGGAACAUGACUAACAACGAUCAGUGCAACCUGAGGAACGCCGAGCGAUUAGCGACCGAGCUGAUGAACAAGCUGAGGAACGACUACGAGGCCCUGCUGGCUACCGGCGAUCCAAACUGUUUGCAGUAUAUCAAAAGGAUCGUGGAGCUACGAGUGGACCUGAAGCAUUUGCACGUCGCGCUGACGAAACCGGCUUGGUACUCCGACAAGGGGACGGAGUAUGAGAGAUACUUGCAGCACCUUUCCACCUUGGACGUAAAUCUGGAGCAAGUCUGCGUCGAGAUCGAUCGGUUCAAGGCCGAUCACGCGGCGAAGCGCUGCAAGCUCGGGGAAACCGGGGGUCUCGAGUAUCUGAAGAAAGUCGAGGGGCUCCGGUCGAUCGUCGAAAGGGCUAAACUGAUGAUAAGUAGGUUGACGCGGGGAACGGCGGGGCCCUCGAGCGAAGCGGAGAACGUUGAGGAAUUAGAGGAUCUCGUCGAGAGAAUGUGUCGGGAGAUCAAGCAGUUGGAAACGAUGGUCGCGUCCCGCGACGGGCCGAGUUUGUUCAAGAGGAUCGAGCAUCUGGAGGAGUCGAUCGUUCGAUUAAAAGUUCAGCUGGACGAGAAGAACGAGCGAGCGGAGCUGAUCAAGCGGAAGCUAUUCGACGCGGAGGGAUCGCUCGAGAAAAGGACCGUGGAGCUGAAGGAUAUGCAAAGGACGGUCGCGGCGUUAACGGAGGAAAACAAAAUAUUGAAGGCGAAGGCGAGGAAGGCGGAGGACAGGGCGGCCAAGUUGCAGCGGGAAUUGGAGAACGACAAGAAGGAGAUAGAGCAGCUGCGGCAGGUGACAAAUCAAGCGAACGUAAUGAGAACGAAAUUGCGAAACCUUCGGACUGAUAAGGAGGGAUUAUUCAAGGAGCUCGGACGGUUGCGCGAUUGUUUGCAGAAGAAAAACGAUGAGAUUAAGCUUAUAGCUUCCGAAAAGGAUGCGAUGGGGAAGGCGUUGCACGCGAAAGCUGCCGAUAUUGGAAAGAGCCAAGCUGCCUCGAAAUUCUUGAACGAUCUGAAACUCGCGGAAUCGAAGAACGCCGAAGAUGGCGUUCAGCUGCAGCGGCUGCGAGAAGAGUUGGAGGCGUCGCUGGAAAGCCUGAACAACGCAAACCUUCGGAUCGUUGGUCUGAAGGACGAUAAGAUCAAGCUGGAAGAGAGCAUUCGUUAUCUGGAAUCGACGGAAACGAUGCUCGCUCGUCAGCUAGAGCUCGAGAAAGCCGCGGCCGCGCAGAAGGCGAUGGAACAAAUGAAAUUAACGUCGGACUACAACGAGCUGAAGAACGAGAAGAACCAGUUGACGAUGCAAUUGGCGGGCUUGAAGACGGAGAAGGAGCUGCUCGAGAAAUCUUUGGAAAACCUUCGGGCGAAACAUUCGGAAGUGGAGGGCGAACUCGGCGAAUACAAGCACCAGUGCAACGUCCUUCGAGAGGAGAUCAGAAAGUUCAAAGUAAGCACGGACGAUCUGGCGUCGAGGCUCGGGGACGCGCAGGCGGAGCUGAACGGGGCCGGGGACAAAAUAAAGCGGCUGGAGUGCGAGAACUCGCGGCACUGUAACAGCUUACUCGCGUUAACGUUAAAGAACACUGAUUUCGAGGGCCGCGUGCAAGUGCUGCUGGCAGAAAAGGAUGAGCUCGCGACGCGUAUUAACGAGCACGCCGCCGAGAACGGCCGGCUGAACGAUCAGCUGAAUAAAGCUCAAACGGAGAACGAAUAUUCGUCCGUCGAAUUGAAUAAAUUGAGAGCGGAGCGUGACAAAGCGGGAUCGGAGAACGCGUCGCUGCGGAACACGCUCGACGAAACGAGAAAUGGCAACGAGACGCUGCGGAGGACAGUCGAGGAGCUGAAAAUGAAAUUGAGCGAUGCCCGCAGCGAGCGCCGGGUGGUCGAAAAUCAAUUGAGAAUUUUCGAGCUGAUGAACGCGGCGCUGAAAAAGGACAAGGAAACGCUGUAUCGCGAGUACGUCGGCUGCCUGCGAUCGGAGCACUCGAAACCGGAGAAGGAAUGCGCCGAGUCGGAGAAAGGCGACAGCAAGGUGAGAAAAGACAAGCCCGGCAAACGGUCGAACGAGAUCGAGAAGGCCAAGGACAGGAACCGUGAGCUGAUAGCGGAGAAUAAAGCUUUGAAAUUCGAGUUGUCGAACUUGAAGGGCAAGAAUUACGAGAUGAAGAUGAAAUUGAACCACCCGAGGGAUGAUGAGUUCCGGAGGCAGGAGCUCGGCUUGAUGCAAAGCGAAACGGACAAUGCUGCGCUCAGGCCUGUCAUGAAUCUUUAUUACAACGAGAUCAACAGCUACUCCAGUCGUUCUUUCAGCAAUCCUGUUGGGACCGUGGCGUGUUUCGAUCGGGCGAGCGUUUGCUACCGCGAAGAGAUCACAGAUCGAAAUUCUGGAACGGAAAUCGAGAGACUGUUGGACCUGAUGAAUAAAACAAAAAUCGAGAACGUCGCCCUUAAAAUGGAGCUGUACAACCUGAGGUGCAAUUUUGUCGCUAAUUUCUCCGAGGACGGGAAGAGAUAUCGCGAGCUGCAUGAUGCAUUGGAGGAGACCCGAGCCUUGAAAACGGAACUAACGAAACUGCGAGAUGAAAAGGAAUCUUUACAAAUUCGACUGGAAGCAUCUGAAACGAAAUUGCACCGACUGAAGUCCGAGAAGAUCGCUUUGAAAGACGAGCUGUAUGCCUUGAGAAAUAUGAAUGCCGGCUUGAAACGGAAAGCGAACGAAUUACAAUACAAUUAUCAAAAAUUCACGGAAAGGAGCAGAGAUUUCGAAUGCUGCAUAAUGGAAGCUCUGACGAAGACGAAGACGCGCGCCGCGAGCACCGCGGAUAUCGCUGGGGAUGAAUUGAAGGGUUUCUUGGAAAAGCUGAUUUCGAAUGAAACAUUUUUGCAAUCAAUAGAGGUGCAGGGAAACUUCGACGAGUCUCGCUUUGCCGACGUUGCGACCGUAUAAUUUCAUUAAACCAAUUUAUAAUAUACUCUGUUAACGAUAUUUGUGCUCUAAUCAGAAUCGAUGAUUAAACAAGAAGAAAAUCAAAAUUCAGAAACAUCCUGAUACAAUAUGCAGUUUCAAAUACUAAUUUGAUGAAGCAGAUAUUUUUUUUCAUUGACAGAAUAAUUUGGAACUACAUCCUUAAUCUAAAAAUAUAUUUUCGAACUGAAAAUCCUAGUACAAAUUGAGAGAGAUUGCAUCUCUGUCAAAAUAAAAGAUCUGGAAAAUA